UCUUUAAUCUCACUGGUUUCUUUUCUACUAAUUUUCUGCUUUCCUUUGUAGCCCGUGUGGCUCUACUCCGCUUCUCUUGCCUCCUCUCUGUUCUCUGUCAUAAUUCAUUUCUCAAAAUUCCAACCUUUUCCAGCUUCACCAUCUCUUCAUGUGAUCAAGUUUCUGGGGGUGAAAGAUGGUUGCAGAGUCUUGGUUUCGUAAUUUGUGGAAAAUUCCUCGAAAACAUGAGGCAAGUCCUCCGAAAGAGGUGAUUGGAGUAUUAGCUUUCAAAGUUUCCAGCUUGAUGUCUAAGUUGGCUCAUCUUUGGCAAUCUUUAAGCGAUAAGCAGAUUGCCAGGUUGCGAGAGGAGAUUAUCAACUCUGUGGGUAUAAAAAAGCUUGUGUCGGAAGAUGAAGAUUUCAUUGCAAAUUUAAUACGUUUAGAGCUGAUAGAGGAUUUGGCCCAUGUGGCAAAAUCUGUGGCCAGGCUAGGGAAAAAGUGUAAUCAUCCUGCUUUGAAGAGUUUUGAGAAUGCUUACGAAGAAUUGAUUAAGAUUGGUGCUGAUCCAUUUGGAUGGGUUUUUACAUUGAAGAAGAUGGAAAAGAAAGUUAAGAAGAUGGAACGUUUCAUUUCGAUAAAUGCCACUUUGUACCAAGAGAUGGAAAUGCUUUCAGAUCACAAACAGACUCUGAAGAGAAUGAAGGGUAAUGAUAGUGACCCGGAGAAUUUGCUUGAAUUUCAGAAGAAGGUUGUGUGGAAGGAGCAGGAGGUCAAGAUUCUGAGGGAGGCCUCUCUUUGGAAUAAAAGCUAUGAUUAUACAGUUCUCCUUUUGGCAAGAUCACUAUUCACAUUAUUUUGUAGGGUCAAAGAACUCUUUGGAGUCAACUCAAGUGUAGAUGAUGAUUCUAAAGAUUUCACUUCUGAUUAUAUGUACCACAGCCACUCACUUUCUGCAUUAAUGCAGUCUUCAGUUCAUCCAUCCGAUAAUUCUGGCAUUGCUAGAUUUUCUUCGGGUCCCCUUGGAAUGUUUACUAGUAAUGCAGGCCCAAAUUCAAAACUUAAAAAUAUGAAUAAUUACCAUUCAGGUCCUCUUAUUGCUGCAAGCACAAAAUCAGGUCUUCUUUCUGGAAAGAACAACCAUGUCAACUUCUUUUCAGGACCCCUCGGGCAAUCAAGUAAAUCAGGUCCAAUUUUAGGGAAGGAUGUUAAAAGUGGCAAGAAGAUGUGGAAGAUUCGUGACAUUUCACUUGGCUUUAAUGGGAAGAAACCACCAACUAAAACCAACCGAUUGACUCAAGUGGGACCAUUCAAAGGAUGCAUGAUUGCUGCUGACGGUUCUUCCGCCAAUUAUUAUUCAAGUUCAGGUGCUGUACAUUUGCGAAUUUUCAAUGGUGCCAAAGAUGGCAUUGCAGACCGCCUACCUCAGGAAAAUUCAGUUUAUACUAAAUUCUCAGUCUUAAAUUGCACGGGCAGGCUUUUGGAUGCUCCUCCCGAAACUCUUGGUGCUGCUGCUUUGGCUUUGCACUAUGCAAAUGUAAUAAUUGUCAUUGAGAAGCUAGUGGCAUCCCCUCAUUUGAUUGGUCAUGAUGCAAGAGAGGACUUGUACAAUAUGUUACCUGCAAGUGUACGGGCUGCACUGAGAGCACGAUUAAAGCCUUACACAAAGAGCUUGGCUACAUCAGUUUAUGAUACUGUGCUUGUUGGAGAGUGGACAAUGGCAAUGGUGGCAAUAUUGGAAUGGUUGGCUCCACUUGCUCAUAAUAUGAUAAGAUGGCAAUCUGAACGGAGCUUUGAGCAGCAGAACUUAAUUUCCAGGACAAAUACUCUUCUAGUACAAACCCUCUACUUUGCAAAUCAAGAAACGACAGAAGCAACAAUCACUGAGCUUCUUGUUGGCCUUAAUUAUGUGUGGAGAUUCAAUAAAGAAGUCAAUGCAAAAGCUUUGGAGGAGUGUACCAGCGGUAGAAUAUUUGAUGAAUGCCUGGGCCUUGAAGGGUAAAGAUGAUUUUCAGACUCUGGUAAUCAGAUAUACAAAUCCCAUUUGCCUAAAAAGUUGACUGGCUUUAGGGGUCAUAAGGUUGCAGUUGCUAAUCUCCUGUCUAGUCCAUUAAGCUUCUCCAUCAUAACCACAGUGUACGUUAAAGCCAUACAAACACUAUCAGAGUUCUUCAUACUGAAAAACACUUGGUGAGUUGAAGAUAUAGUUUGAAAUUUAAACAUUAUGUUUCUGGUGAGUACUAUAGCGGCUCCUCUAUAUGCUUGGAUUGAGCUAUUGUUCAAUGAUGUAAUUUGUAUAUUUACAGGCGAUAUACUUCUUGUAAUAUUAAUGUAAAUCGUCCAUGUUAGGCUUUUCAUUCA